AUGUAUUCGGCUGGGAGUGUGGAGGCAACGUUCAUUGCGAACGGUAAGGCCUAUGGUUAUACUGGAGAGAGUCUGCGGAGUUACGUGGAGAGCAGGCGGGUCGAGCAUGCCGAGCAGAUCCAGAAGAGUGAAGAGCGCAAGGCUCGAAUGGAAGAGAGAGACAGUACCAGGCAGCAAACAGAGUUGCUGGACAAGAUAACGAAGUUAGAGGCGAAAGUCGAGUUAGCGGCUCAACAAGAUGACACAGCGAGCAGUGUGUCUGCGGAGAGCGCUCAGGGGCUGAGAGCCAAACCGAUAAAAAUUCCGAAAUAUGAUGCAAAGCAGACGGUGGAAAGCUACUUGGAGCUAUUUGAAGACGUGGCCAACCAAAAUCAGUACGAAGUUGAGGAGCUACUGAUACGCCUACGAGUGGCCCUGGCGGGGAGUAAGCUGGAAAGUGCCUGCUAUGGUUGUGAAACCUUUGCCGAUGCCAAGCGUGAGCUGUUGACGGCAUUUGGCAAGACGGCGGACAAAGCCUGGCAAGCCCUCAUCGCUAACACCCAGAAGGCAGACGAGAGCUUUUACCAAUUUGUCGUGCGAGUAAGUCGGGACACUGAGAAGUGGCGAAAGCUCGCAAUGCCAAAGUCUGAGGACAGUCAUCGCGGUGGACGCGAUGAGAGUGGGCUAUUUGCAGCCAUGGUACGGCAAGUGAUAUUGGAGGCGAUAGGUCCAGAUAUGAAAGCAUUCAUGAUCGAAAAAAGGUGCUACGAGAAGGACCUGAAGGCAUUCACUGAGGACGGCAUGGCCUACCAAACCGCCCAUGGCCGUAAGUCACUGAAGGUGAAGUCACCUGAGACGCAUUACAUCACACCUCAACAUAGUGCCCAGUGCUUGGGAGUUUCCGUCGAAGGUGCUGAGAAGGAGCUUGCUACGCUUGCGCCGGUGGAACGCAGAUGGUUUGUAGCCAGGGAGAGGCUGUGUUACAAUUGUCUGAGAGUGGGCCAUCAGGUCAAGGAAUGUCAGUCUAAGACAAGGUGCAAAUGCGGCUCCAAACACCACCCGCUGCUGCACUGGCCAUCCGAAACUAAGCCGCCUAGGGGCACGGACAGCGAGGGUAUCAGAACGUAUAGCUGUACAACGUCCGCCGGUGUACACCUCAUGACUGGAGUGGCAGAGGUGUGUGGAUCAAAACGAGCUCGUGUCAGGGUAUUCAUUGACCCAGGAUCGCAGGCUUCGUUUAUUUCUGCCUCCCUAGCGUCAGCAAUUCGACCAUCCUGCCUGAGCACAGACGAAGUCAAGGUCACUGCGUUUGGAACGGAGCCAGUAGUACGGCAACUGGAGCGUCUAGAGGUAGUCUUGACGGGAACCUCGCGGGCAAUCACGAUCCGAGCAUGGAAGAACGACGACAUGAGGAUGAAGUUCCCCCCAGUUGCAAAGUCCACAAUCCAGCAAUGGCAAGCCAGUGGAAUUGAGCUCAGUGACCAGCCUAGUGAAGGUAUACCCAAUGAGGUACACUUGUUAAUCGGUGCGGAUCAUUGCAAUGAAAUUCUCAAGGAGAAGAAGGUGGUCAAUGGAGAAACCGCAUGGAGCACAGAGAUCGGCUGGGUCUUGUGCGGACCUACGAAGAGUUCCGUCCCAGCAGCUACGGUGAGUGUUGGCUGCAUUGAGCUUGACCGGCUUUGGCGGAUGGAAGAAGUUCCAGAGCGGUCAGCUACAGCGCUACCAGACUUUCUGCUGGAGAGAGAGGGUCCCAGCUACCAAGUUGGCCUUCUGUGGAAGGCAGAGAAGCGCCCACCGGACAACCUUAACCAAGCUAUGGCAGCCGCGCAAGCAUUAGUACAACAGCUACAGCGUAAGGGCAAGCGUCAAGAGUACGACCGCGUGCUCCUUGAAGAGUAUGCGCAGCUGGACGCCAUCGAGAAGGAGGAGCAUCCAGAGGAGCCAGGCUAUUACAUGCCACACCAUGCAGUAUUUCGCAGCGACGCUACCACAACCAAGACGAGAGUCGUCUUCAACGCAUCAGCGUCGAGAUCAGGAGAGCAGUCGCUAAAUGACCUGGUGGAUCCAGGACCAUCCCUUCUGCCAGAUUUGGUGGGGCUCUUGCUCCGUUUCCGUGAGUACCCAGUUGCUUUUCAGGCUGAUAUACGGAAAGCAUUCUUUAUGAUAGGAAUGCGGCCGGAGGACAGGCCAUACCUCCGGUUUGUCUGGCCGGAGAUAGGGCAGGAGCAGAUGUGCAUUUGGCGCUUGAAGAAGCUGCCUUUUGGGGUGAAUUGCUCACCUUUUAUUCUGAGUGCUGUUCUGCGCUAUCAUUUAGAUCAUGCUUUAGGCUCUGCUUCUGCUGAGGAAUGUGCCAUUAUUAAGCUUCUCUUGCGCAGCUUUUAUGUUGAUGAUUGCGUAUCUAGUGUGCCUUGCUCUGCUGAUGCUGAAAAGCUGCAGGAAUACAGCAUGCAUAUGUUGCAGGGAGCAGGCAUGGAGUUGCGGAAAUGGCGGGGAAACACGCUUCCAUCAGACCCAGAGGCAGGUAGCAAGGCGCUAGGCAUCGUGUGGGCGACCGAAGAAGAUGUCAUCUCAGUUGCUGAUCUGGGUAAUGUCGAUGCCCCAAGUAAGUUUGGCUGGUCCCGUCGUGCGUUGCUGCGCUGCGUCGCUGCAGUGUAUGAUCCUCUUGGUUGGGCAUCACCCGCUAUUUUGCCUGGCAAGUUCCUGUUGCAAGAGUGUUGGAAGUUGGGUGGAGGAUGGGAUGACCCCCUACCAAGCAGUUUGUCCGUGCGUUGUGCCGAAUGGUGGGGAGGGCUGGCAGAUAUCUCUGCAGUUCGCAUUCCCAGGUGGCUCGGUUGCCCAGUUGGGAAGCCUGUCUUCUUGCAUAUGUUUGCAGAUGCAUCUGAGAAGGGCUAUGGCUGUUGUUUGUACGUGGUGACUGGUGUUGUUUCCUCUUUGUUGUUCGCGAAAGCAAAGGUGGCACCUGUGGCUCGGCCUACUCUCGCUCAUCUGGAGUUGCAAGCGGUGUGCCUUGCCGCGAAGGUGCUGUCAUUCGUUGUCAGUGAGCUGAGGAUUCCGAUCGAGCGGAUUGUUGGCUGGACCGACAGUCUGACUACUUGGCAUUGGAUCUCGAAGCCGUCGUAUCAGUGGAAGACGUAUGUCGCUAAUCGGGUAGCAGCUGUGCAAGAGGUGUCGCGGAAGUUGCACGUAGAAUGGCGUCACUGUCCCGGUGUGAGCAACCCAGCAGAUCUUGUGUCCCGCGGUGUUCCGGUGAGUGGCCUUCAGACAGUGAUAUGGUUGCAUGGCCCGCCUUGGUUAAGCGAGGAGUCUGAGUGGCCACAGUCGAUUUCGUCUCACAGCACGCAAGAGUCCGCCAUUGAAGCACGCGUAGCGGCAGUGAAUACAGUCAGGCAGUCAGUUGUUUGGCCAUGGGAGAAUCUUUCGAAGUGGCAACGGGCUCGUGGAGUUGUCGUGCGGAUGCUCCAGUGGAAGGAGCCGGCAACCCGCGCUGAGCUGUUCCCUAAAGCAGAAGCUUUCUUGUACCGGUCCAUCCAACAAGAGUGUUUCGCGGAGGAAAUCGCUAUGCUGAAAGAAGGCAAUUCCUUGCCUCCUAGUUCUCGCUUGUACAAGUUGUCACCCUUCCUCGAUGACGCUGGGUUGCUGCGGGUCGGCGGCAGGCUGCAGGAAAGUGAGCUAGGAUAUGACGCUAAGCACCCUAUCAUCCUAGCGAAACAUCAUCUGACCGAGCUCUUGCUGGAGAUGGUGCAUAAGCAACGAUUGCACCAAGGUGUCGAGAGCGUCCUUGCCUUUCUUCAACGCAAGUUUUGGAUUCUGUCUGGGCGUCGCCUGCUGAGAAGUGUUACCGAGAGAUGCUUUGCUUGCCGUUGGUUCAAGGCCAAAGCAGCAGCCGAGGUGGUGGCGCCCUUACCAGCAGACCGUGUUGAACAUCAACAGCCGUUCGGCCUUACAGGCAUAGACUACGCCGGUCCUCUUUACGUCCAAACGGGAGAGCGGUCCGCAAAGCGAUGGGUCGUGCUCUUUGUAUGUGGUACCACUAGAGCAGUUCAUCUGGACAUGGUGGAUAGUCUGUCAACAGAAGCGUUCCUUCUUGUCUAUCGCAGAUUCGUCGCGCGGCGUGGGAAGCCUUGCAGAAUUCGUUCGGACAACGCUACGACGUUCAAGGCUGCCGCGGAGAAGAUAGAGGUAGUGUGGAGCUUCAACCCACCCGCAGCACCCUGGUUUGGCGGGUUUUAUGAGCGCCUGGUCGCUUGCGUGAAGACACCUCUGAAGAAGGUGUUGGGCAAAGCGCUUCUGAAACCUGAGGAGCUGGCCACAGUCCUGGCGGAGAUCGAGGCAGUGGUGAAUUCGCGCCCGCUUACGUCCGUAUCAACGGACAUCGGUGAUGACAUGGCCUUGACCCCAGCCAUGAUGAUGGGAUAUGUCUUUGCACCAGGGGCCCCCGAGGUAGAAGACGGCCUUACAGCUGCACAAUUAUCGGCCCGGUUCAGUUACAUCAUCAAUGUCAAGGAGCACCUGAGGAAGCGGUGGCGGGAACAGUACUUGGUCGGCCUCAGCAGCUACCAGUCCGCCCAGGCCCGUCCGAUCAAGGCUGGUGAGGUUGUCCUGGUUGUUGACGACAAGAAGAAGCGGCACCUUUGGCGCCUCGGUAGAGUGAUAGAGCUGUUCGCUGGUCGAGAUGGCAAGAGCCGAGUAGCACGGGUGAAGAUUGGUAACAGCACCAUGCUCCGGGCAAUUCCCCGUCUGGUUCCGUUGGAAGUGGCUAGUGAGCCCGAGCAAGUGGCUAGUGAACCGGAGGUGCCAAUCGAGCAGCUGGCAAAUACUCCAGCGGAUGAACAGAGUGAUCCCGUCUCAACCCCAGCAAGUCCAGAUGUGGGGCAACCGGCUGAGCCACGAGAGUCACCUUGUUUGAGGAGGUCUAGGCGGGCCGUCAGGAUCCCAGCUCGUCUUGACUUGUAG